AUGAUCUCUCCGGAACAGGAACGCGCUUUUGAUGAAGUCAUGUCCUCAGUCGGUGCCCCGGAGACAUCAUCGAUAUCACUGGUGGUAUCGAGAUUCGAAGAUGACAGGCCUAGCACGAAUGCUGGUUUACCUGGUGGGGCAGACCCGAACACAGCAUCCCCCGACCUCUGUUUUGUAUGCCGUCAUCUCGACUUUGAACAUGUUGGAUUUCACAAUUCCUCAGAAUACUCGAGUAACAACUAUUCAUUUCAGAGAGAAUUCCCUUCUCUGUGGAGCAGCUCCAGCACCUGCACGUUUUGCAAGAAGAUUGUUAGCAUUAUCACGCACUGGAUUGCCAACUACCCAGGGACGAGUUCAUUAGAUGUCUCCAAGUGCCACGUCGCUGUGAACCUCGAAACGGACUGGCAUACGGUUGCUCGAGAGAAUGAAGGAGGAUGCACCACGGUCGAUGAGAAGGCGUAUUCUGAUCGGAUUAGAAUACACUGCUCCGUUCCAAAACUUGGCACAGGGGGUGAAGCUGGGCAGUCACAGUUUCUGACAUUCUUUUUACAGAAAUAUGAUGAGCAUCAGCCAUAUGCUGGGCGUAAGAGGUCCGCAGUCGCGGAUUUGAGCCUAUUCAAGGGAUGGAAAAGGAUGUGCCAAGUGGAACACGGGACGAAAUGCAGUCAAAUAUUUAAAGGGAUACCAAAGAUCAGACCCCGCGUUAUCGAUGUAGAUCAACGGUGCUUGGUUUUUGCCGAAGAAGAUGAGCAAUGGGAUAAUCUCCAAGCUUUCUCAAUUCCAGGGUCCCUUGGAACGGGUGUUCUUCCAGAUAGCAUCGAAGACGCUGUUCAGGUCACAAAAGGGCUGGGGGAACCGUACCUCUGGAUUGACAGCCUUUGCAUAAUACAAGACGACGAGCAGGAUAAGGCAGCUUUCAUCUCGAGAAUGGAUUCGAUCUAUGCUUUAGCGGUUGUCGUCAUCGUCUCCUCCACCUGCGUCGACGCCAACUCUUGCCUUCCAGGGGUUAGAUCUGGUUCACGACGUCAAGAACAAGAACCGUUCCAGAUCAAAGACGUUACGUUGGUGCGCUCCCUCGAUCCCGUCCUCGGUGUCAAGGUUGAUCUGCGCACGGGACGUGCCGCGGGAUAUCUAGGGGAGACUGUUUGGGACACACGGGCUUGGACUCUGCAAGAGAGGUUUCUCGCGUCUAGAGCCCUAGUUUUCACAGCAGACCAAGUCUUCUGGGAAUGUGAAGAGGCAUUCUGGUGCGAAGAUAGCUUUCGUGAGGUCUCCAACCUAUCUCCAGACCCCCACCGUACAAGUCUUUGCGGAGGAGAACUAAAUCUUUCGUGGAAUUCUGACAUCCCGACAUUUGAUCAUUUCUAUCGGGUGCUCUUGGAAGAAUACUCCGGUCGCGCCCUGACAUUCGAUAGUGAUGGGCUGAAUGCUUUCAGCGGUAUCAUACGAGCCUUUGAGAGGUCCAUGGGGGAGGAAUUUUUCAUGGGUAUGCCGACUGCCUACCUAGAAUCCGCCCUUGCAUGGGGUCACCGUACCCACAAAUUGAGACGGAGACGUGGUGUGCAGGCGCCGGGACUCACCCCGGAUACCGGCAGCCAGUUUCCGAGCUGGUCGUGGGUUGGUUGGACCAGUGAUGGAAAGACCAAACUCGCCAACCAAAACCUAGCCGCCGAAGGUCUAGGUAUAAGGUUCUACCGUGUCUCCGACAAAGGGAAGAGAACUACAGAACUAAAGCAGGCUACGAGGUUCAACCGCGAGGUCGAUUUGCUUGCUGAAGGCUCCAACCUCGCCUGUCGCUCAUCCCGACCAUACCAAAUCUCCAUCGAUCACCUGCCCAAGGACCACUCGGUUAAUUUAAGCUCAAUGCUCGGCUUCUGGACCGCGUCUGCCGUCCUGAGCAUGGUGAGGUGGUCUGGCGACGGCAACGCCACGUCUGACAAUCAGGAAAUGGCCCUCUCCCAACGCCCCGGUAGCAAAAUCCAAGUGCUCUGGUCCCAUAUCGCACCAUCCUUAAAACCCGGGGAUAGAGUUGAGAUCAUUGCCGUCGCCCAAAACAGAGGGAGCUGGGACUCCGGCCAUAGUGACAAUGGGGCGAUAGGGGUUAUGGUAAUCUCCUGGGACGCCGGGGGUGUAAUUGCUAGCCGUGAAGGAUUUGCGUGGAUGGCGAUUCGGGAGUGGACGGCGUUAAGAGGUCGUAGAUGGAAGCUGAUUACUCUGGGCUAA